AUGAUAAACAUAUUGAAAUCCAUUUUGCUACGAUAUUCACUAGUAAAUCACAAUCGAUUCUUAUCAUCAUCUAUGGAAUUUUUAUUUGAGAAGUGUUGGAAAUGUCAACGUGAAAUUGAUCGUUUUGAAUGUACAACACAUUGUCCAUGCGAAAAAAAUGUUUUAUUACCUGUAAAACGUGAAAUUGAUUAUUUUCGAUUAUUUCACUUGCCAAAAUCAUUUGAAUUAGACGUUAACCUUUUAACAAAAGCAUUUCGAACAAAAAUGAAACUAUUGCAUCCUGAUUUAUUUGCAAAUAAAUCAUCUGAAGAUCAACAAUAUUCACAAGAUCAAUCAUCUUAUCUCAAUGAAGCUUAUUCAACGUUACAUUCCCCAUUAGAACGUGCUUUAUAUCUAUUAAAACUAGAAAAUAUUAUAUUUGAAGAAACGACUACAACGUUAGAUCCUGAUUUUUUAAUGAAAAUAAUGGAAAUGAAUGAAGAAUUAGCUGAUGAUAAGACUAUUAAACACUUUCCAACAAAUUUAGCAAUAGAAAUACGUCAAGAAAUGGAUUCUCUAUUAAAACAGCUAUCAAAUACACUACAUAAAAUGGAUUUGCCAAAAGCUAAAGAACUUGUGGGUAAAUUAAAUUACUACACCAAUUUAGAUGACAAAAUUAAAUCACUUGAACUUAAACAUGGGAUUCUUUAG